AUGGUGGUAGUUGAGGCUAUGCAUAAGGCAGGAGGUAUGGCUCUUUUCUGGAAAGAUGAGGUGAAAAUUCUUGAGGUCCUUAUGACUUCCUUUACCAUUGAAGCUCACGUGGAGGAUAUGGAAGCUAAUACUGAUUGGUGGUUUAUAGGAAUUUACGCGAGCUGUGAUCAUCAGAUUAGAAAAGAACAAUGGAAAGUCUUAGCUAAUCGGAAAAGAUUGUGGGGAGAUAGAUGGAUGAUAGCUGGGGAUUUUAAUGAUUUAGUCUCCAAUGACGAAAAGUGGGGAGGGAUUCGUAGAGAGGAGAAAUCCUUUCAUGACUUCAGAGAUUUUAUUAAUGGAAAUUAUUUGCUGGAUAUUGGAUUUAUUGGUCAUCCGUGGACUUGGUGCAACAAUUGGGAGGAAGAGGGAGAAGUCAAACAAAGGUUGGAUAGAGGUCUUUGCACCUACCCCUGGUUUCAGGUGUUUGAUAAGGUCAAUUGCAGGCAUAUUGAUUCUUAUGCCUCGGAUCAUAGCAUCCUGAUGUUCGACACAAUGAUGAGCUCGAGCAGAAGGAAACACAGGUUCUUUUUCGAUAAAAGAUGGUUAAAACGAGAGGACAUUGGGGAGGUAAUCAGGAUUGCUUGGGAACAGCAGGUGGAGGGGUCAAGGAUGUAUCAAGUGGCUACAAAGAUUAAGAACUGCCGUGUAGCUCUCCUAAAAUGGAAGAACAACUUCCAAGCUAACUCUAGGGACAAGAUUGAGCUUAUUAAAAAGCAGCUAUGCGACUUGAAAGAAGUUAGAGGGAACUCUAGAAAUAUUAGUAUGGCUGCCCUUAAGAAAGAGUUAAGUAAGGCUUACAAGGAAGAAGAGAAGCACUGGCAACAGAAAUCAAGGAUACAAUGGCUCAAGGAAGGAGACAAAAAUACAAAGUUUUUUCAUGCAUCUGUACAGGGAAGGAGAAGGAGAAACAGCUUGCAUAAACUCCAGAGAGAGGAUGGAACAUGGACAGAGAGUGAGGAGGAGUUGAGUACUGAAAUAGCAGGUUACUAUAGGAUUUUGCUGGACAGUAAUGAGGGAGGGGACUUAAAUGAGGUUUUGCAUGGUAUUCCCCAUACCAUCACUGAUGAAUUGAAUAGAAACCUGUUAAAACCAGUGUUGGAAGAAGAAAUAAAAUCUGUAAUUUUCUCUAUGAAUCCAGAAAAAGCCCCUGGGAUUGAUGAUUCCUACAUCUCUAAAGCAAUUCAGACCCAUAAGCAGAUUCUUGAUAAUAUUAUGGUCUCUCAUGAGUACAUGCAUUAUUUAAAAAACAAGAAACAAGGUAAGGAUGGGUUUAUGGCAGUGAAGCUUGACAUGUCCAAGGCGUACGAUCGAGUUGAAUGGAGUUUCUUGGAGGCAAUAAUGGAAAAAAUGGGCUUCGACUGUAAAUGGAGGAACUGGGUUAUGGAGUGUGUGAAGUCUGUGUCGUACUCGUUUAAUAUAAACGGGGAGGUUAAAGAGUUUGUAAUUCCAAAAAGAGGAAUUAGACAAGGGGACCCUCUAUCCCCUUAUCUAUUCCUUCUGUGCUCUGAGGGACUAUCCAACCUUAUCAGGAAGGCGGCAGAUUCUAAGAAGCUCGCAGGGAUGAAAAUUAGUAGACAGGGACCUAGUAUAACACACCUUCUCUUUGCGGAUGACUCUGUGAUCUUUUGCAAAGCUAAUCUGGAUCAGGCAAAUGAGUUAAGGAGGGUGCUGAAAGUGUAUGGCAUGGGGUUAGGUCAGGAGAUAAAUUUGGAAAAGUCUUCCAUACUCUUCAGUAAGAAUGUCAGGCCACAAUUGAUGGACGAGAUCUGUCAAACCAUGGGGAAUAUGCAAAGAGUUAGUCAGGGCAAGUAUCUUGGACUACCAAUGGUAGUUUCAGGAUCAAAACAACAGCUUUUUGGAUUUAUUAAGACUUCCAUACACCAGCGAAUGCUAAAGUGGAAAAACAGGUUAUUAAGUGCAGCUGGUAAGGAAACAAUGCUUAAAUCUGUGGCUUUAGCUAUGCCAACGUACACCAUGUCCUGUUUCCAGCUGCCAUCCAAAUUGUGUAAGGAAAUUAGUUCCUUAAUGGCAAAUUACUGGUGGGGGGAGGCAAAUGGUAAGAAUAAAAUACAUUGGUGUGCAUGGAAAAAGCUUACUCGAAACAAGUACAUGGGAGGUUUAGGCUUCAAAGAUCUGAUGGCUUACAAUACAGCUCUCCUUGGCAAGCAGGUGUGGAGGAUGCUAACACAACCUAAUUUGCUGGUUAGUCAAGUCAUGAAGGCAAAAUAUUUUCCACGAUCAUCUAUAUUCAAGUGCAAAGUUCCCAACAAUGCUUCUUGGAUUUGGAGGAGUCUUAUGGGGGCCCGGGAGUUGGUGGAACAAGGAACCAGACGCAAGAUAGGAAAUGGGAGGAAAACUAAUAUCUGGGAAGAUAGGUGGAUUCCGGAUACACUUGAUGGAAGAGUGACAACCCCGAGAAAUUCUGAUAAUGCACUUCAGCAAGUACAUGAGCUAAUUUGCCAGAAAAGAUGGAACAGAAAUCUAGUCUUCAAACACUUUAAUAAAAAAGAUACAGAAACUAUCUUGACAAUCCCUGUUAGUUUAGCAGGAAAGGAGGAUGCAAACUUUUGGAUAAAAGGGGCUGGUGGCCAUUAUUCAGUCAGCUCAGGGUACAAGCUACUGGUUAUGAACAAAGAUAUCAGGCAGCAAAGGAACCAGCUGGAGGGUUCUACAACUCUGGAAAAUCAAUCCCAAAGGUUAUGGAAGGACUUAUGGAAACUGAAGGUGAAGCAGAAACAGAAGGUUUUCUUAUGGAAAUGCCUCAACAAUGCACUGCCUGUGCGAGACAUCAUAUUUCGAAGAAUUAAAGUAGGUGAUCCCAUCUGCAACAGGUGUGGAGAAGACAGGGAAACUAUUGAACAUACCCUUUUGAAUUGCAGCAAAGUUAAACAGACAUGGAAGCUGGCCCCCAUUCAAUGGGAAGGUAUGAUGGAACACCAAGGCUGUUUCAGAAGAUGGUGGAUCGAAAUUUUAGAUGCAAGAACCAGAGCUGAAGGAUGGCAACAUAUUGCUCUAUCAGUCCAUAUUCUCUGGCAGAUAUGGAAAGACAGAAAUGAGGAGGAGUUCAAUGGUAAGGAAAGUCAUCCAUGGAAGACAAUCCAGAAGGCGCACCAGGAAUGGUUAGAACUUGGGGAAAUAGAUAGGAAGGGAACUAGUAUGAGCACAGAUGAAACAGAAGCUCUACAUCAACAGAAUCAGCAGCGAAAUCCUGAACAUGGGUGCUUGAUAUUGAGGAUAGGAAUAACUAGAGAUAUGACAAAGUCUUGCUUCGGUAUUGGGAUUACUUUGCAGGAAGGAAAUCAAGGUGCAAAAAGAGGUUGGACACUACGAGAAAGCAGUUCAGGUUCAGGACUGCUAGACGAAGCAACUGCACUGAAGCUAGCAAUGUGUAAAGCUGCGACUUUGCAAUUCAGGGAUGUGCAAUUUCAAGUGCCAAACCGACAGCUCCUCAAUCAGGUUCGAACAGCAGGUGUAAGCGAUAUCAGAUUGGCUACUGUUGUGGACGAUAUUUUACAACUCAGAGAUUUGUUUCAUAAGUGCUCCUUUUGCCUAGUUCAUAAUGAUAACAAUCAACUAAGCACUAAGCUUAGUAAAUAUGCCUUGGGCAUUAUUCUAGAUGAGGAACAUUGGUUUCCUUAG